AUGAUGGGAUCUGUUGGCCUGAAAGGGUCCGGCGCAGCCGCUGCGUUUGCACGCCAAAGAAUGACCGCCAUGUCCCGGUCCUCUCGAUCUAUGUCCACCUUGCGGUCACAAAGCAUGCGGUUCCCUAGCCAGCGGGGCCAAUUGAAAUCAGCAUUAUCCGGAAGUGCUCCCUGGCGCAUGACAUCAGCUGUUGUCGGCCCGGCCGCAGUCAGAUUCAAUUCCACCUCCUCCAACACAACACUCCCCGAAUUCGCUUUUGAUGGCUCAUUGAAGAAUGCGGUAAACAUAACCGAUAUUACCACGAUCCCGGAGAGCAUUGGAUACCUUAAGGAGCUUGGGCUGGACUUUGGCUGGGGCUUCACGUCGACGAUGCAAUGGCUGAUCGAGCACACUCACAUCUGGACCGGCUUGCCAUGGUGGGCUAGUAUCGUGGCUGUCGGUCUUCUGACUCGUGUAGCAAUGCUGAAGCCAGUCCUUGGCGCAUCCGAGAACGCAGCAAGAAUGGCCAACGCCAAGCCUAAGAGUGAACCCUUCCGGCAAAAGAUGCUCGCUGCCUCGACCGCAGGGAACACCCAGGAGGCACAGAUUGCAAGGGCUGAGCUCCAGCAGAUCAAUAAGGAGUUCGGCAUUAAGACAUGGAAGUCAUUUCUUCCCAUGUUGCAAAUCCCACUUGGUUUCGGAUGCUUCCGAGUCGUGCGAGCAAUGACUUCGUUGCCAGUGCCGGCCAUGGCUAUGGAAACAGCAGGGUGGAUUAAGGACCUGACUGUUGCUGAUCCCACUUACAUUUUGCCCAUGAUGGCUGCAGGCACACUGUGUCUAUCUUUGAGGAAAGGCGGUGAAUCCGGCGCAAUGCCCAUGAUGCAAACCGACGCAGGAAAGUACAUUAUAUAUGGUUUCCCUGUCAUGUCUUUUGCCUUCAUGGCAUUCAUGCCAAGUGCCCUACAGCUCUACUUUGUGGCAAGUGGUCUUUUCGGCCUGGGUCAAACAUAUAUGAUCAACUCGGAGACCUUCCGGAAGUGGAUGGACCUGUCGAUCGCUAAGAAGCCAUCCACUGGGCCAAAGUACUCUGCAGUCACUCAAAACACCGAAAGCAAGGGUCUUCGCAAUCUACUGGAACGUCUCGAGCAGGAGAAAGCCGCAGAGAAAGCACGCCUGCAACACGUUGCGUCACCUGCACAGGAAGAUGUGAAAAUCAGCUUCAUUGACCGCAUGUACAAGAAAUUCGGGAAAGCCGGCUCUGGUCUCACUAAAACAGUCUCAGAGACAUUGAGCAUUCAAACAGUCGAGCAACGUCUUGCUAAGGACCGGAAGCAGCGCGCAAAUGAAUACGAACAGCAGCGAAAAGAUGAGGAUGAGCUCCUGCGGGAGAGAGCGGAGCACAUGCAAACCCUGGAGAACGAAAGGACCAAGGCCAGCAAGUCUUUGAAGAAUAGUCAGACGGCUGCUCGCAAAGCUAACGGGCGGCGUGGCUCCGGCCGUGCUUGA